AUGUUUGUCCCAAAUUUUAUCCUCACAUUCUCGCCGCAAAGUCUGUACCCAUUCUCAUUCUUCAAGGAAUGGCUUUCAGUGCUGUUGAGCAGGUUCUCAGCCAGGACAUACCGGAAAAUUGCUCAUACACUGCCGGCGGUUGAGCUGGAUACUACUCUCCGCGAACUUUACUCUCUGGAUAACCCCCACGGCCAAAACAUUAUCCAAGUCUAUGCCAUACCAUCGGCAACAACACAGAUGACCUCUUCUAUCCCACUUUCAACAAGAUUUGCCUAUCAAUCUCCUAGAGCACUCAAAAUGGACAGUAACGUUUUGGCACGAACAAAUCUGCAAGCUGGGCCUCAAUCGUACGGUUUCGUCUCUGGCAACAUGCCUCUGGUCCUCUUCGACGUCGAUGCCGCUGGAGACGAAGCGGCCCAGGUAGAGCACAUGCUGUCACCGAUAAAAACCCAUCAAGCGGAUGCUCUCAAAGUCUUCGACCAGCUGGCACCGGCCCAACGUCCAGAGCUGCGGUUCGUCUCCUCACCAACCGAAAUCAUUACGAGCCCCGAUGACAAAAUUGCUAUUUGGAAUCCAAUGGACUGUCUUGUUCACCUUCCACACUUGUUCGACCCCGAGAAGCAUUACGGUCUUCUGUCAAAGACAGGACUGGCUGUAUCAGGAAUCCCAACUCCUGAGUCGGAUGUCAUCGAUUGCAACCUACAGCCCGACCAGGUGAAUGACGAAAGCCUCUUGAAGGAUGAGGUCGAGCGCAUGAUGAAGCCUAUCAUCGAGCGACCAAUUCCCUUUGUCAUCAAACUUCCGCAAUCUCUUGGUAGUCAAGGCGUCUUCGUGGUUCAAACAGAUGCAGAAAAGCAAGAGGCCAUCGGGCUACUGACUGUCGAAGUCAAAAGAAUGAUCCAACAAAUAAACGAGUCGAACAAACACAUGCGACCCGCCAGUCUCGUGCUUCAAGAGACGAUUCCAGGAACAGCUGUAGCGCUAUCUCUGUUCGUCACCAAAAAGGGACGAAGUGUUUUCACGGGCUGUACUGAACAGAUCUUCGAUAACCACGGACAUUGGGAUGGCGGUUGCAUUGAUUAUAAGCAACAAGACAAUCUUCGCAAACAGUACGCCGACAUCGCCCAAGAAAUGGCCACCUACAUGCACCGGAAAGGAUACUACGGACCCCUCGGCGCAGAUGUGAUGACAGAUUUGAAGGGCAAACAGCUCGUCAUCGAUCUGAACGUGCGAGUUCCCACCAGCUAUCCCUUGGGUUUUCUCAAAAAGCACUUUUCGAUUCAGCGAGGCUUCCAUGACGCCGCUCUACUCUACCCACUGGCCCUCAAAGGCACGCGAGAUGACUUCCAGCGCCGGUUCGAGAAAGAGAUCCAAGAAGGUCAGAUUGUCAUUUGUGGGUGGUGCAAUGGUUCGGGAGGCCCAGGUGGGAGAUACAAGUACAGCAUUUCAUCGGUUGCGGUGGGAGGAGAGACUCCAGCUCAUCUACGCCAGAUGAUUGAGAGAAUCAAUGUUGAUAGAGUGCGUAAGUAA